AAGUCACCGUAGUAAUCACAUCGACCACGCAGUGCCUAGAGUGGUCCACAGCAAAAUGAUAAUCACCGUUACUUUUCUGAUCGGAUUGCUCUACACCAAUCCGUUGGCGUUCUUCGCGGUUCUGGCAGCAGGUUUACUGGUGCGGGAGCUUUUGAAGUAUCAUUUCCGGUAUUGGGAGUUGCAAAAUGUGUCCGGUCCGAAACCUUCGCUGAUUUUUGGGAACAUCGCAUCGAAUAUAUUCUUGAGACAACAUUUUGCCGAGAUGAUCGACGAGUGGUACAGCAAAUUCCCGAACGCCCCCUUCAUCGGCUACUUCAAAAUCUUCAAACCAUCGGUGCUGAUCCGGGACCCAGAAAUGAUCAAGAACGUUCUGGUGCGAGAUCAAUCGUGCUUCUCGGCGAAUGAUUUCGCUUUUGACGAGAAAUUGGACCCCCUGUUGGCCCACAACCCAUUCAUGGUGGAGGGUGAGCGGUGGAAAAAGUCUCGGCAGCUGCUGACUCCGAUAUUCACCGGGAGCAAGAUGAAGCAACUGUUUCCGAUAAUGGACGAAAUCAGUGGCAAAUUUGUGGACUUUAUCGGACGACAGUGCGGUCGCGAAGUGGAAGCUAAAUCGAUAUCGGCUGCCUAUACGACCCAGAAUGUUGCCGGGUGUGCGUUCAGCUUGGAUGCGGAAUGUUUUGAGAACCCGAACAGCGAAUGGCGGGUGAUGGGCAAGAAGAUCUUCCAGCCGACGUUCUUGGCGGGGAUCAAGUUUAUGCUGAUGCUGUUCGUGCCAUACGUGACCAAGCUGAUUCCGGUUCCAUUCUUACCUAGGGAGGUUGACCGAUGGAUGCGGAACUUGGUUUCCACUCUGCUAAAAGAGCGACAAACUAAACAACCAGAGAGAGAUGAUCAGCUGCAGUCACUGUUAAAAACCAAAUCAGCUGAACUCACGGAAGAGAUGAUCGCUGGUCAUUCUCUUGCUUUCUUCUCCGAAGGAUUUGAAACAUCCAGUACUACGAUGGGAUUUGCCAUCCUCCAUUUGGCAGAAAAUCCGGAUGUCCAGGAAAAACUGUACCAGGAAAUUCAACGUACUAUCGGUACGAACGACUCCCCACUCACCUUCGAUCUGGUACAGCAGAUCGAUUAUCUAGAUUGGGUCCUACAGGAAAGCCUACGGAUAACACCACCUGCCGCAGGCCUGCAGAAGCUUUGCACCAAAUACUACUGUCUGAAGCAUGAAGUCGACGGCAAGCAAGUGGGAACGUGGAUCAAACCUGGAACCACAGUAUUGAUUCCGAUUGUGGCCGUGCACAUGGACCCCAAAUACUUCCCGGAACCGAAGAAGUUCCGCCCCGAACGGUUCAGCCCGGAGGAGAAAGCUCAACGUACUCUUCCGGUGUAUUUCCCCUUCGGCGAUGGUCCUCGGAUGUGCCUGGGAAUGCGAUUCGCUCAAAUUCAAAUUAAAGUUGGUUUGCUGAAGUUGGUUCAGAACUUCCGAGUUCGUGUAUCGCCUACCUACAAGCCGUGGCAGUACAGUAGGAACACAUUCUUGACCGAAGCCAAGGAUGGGUUGCAGGUGGUGUUCGAACGACGUUGAUAUUAUUAUUUAGUUCCGCAAUAAGUUUGAAUGAAUUAAAGCUCGAAUUAAAAACAAAGUUCAAACGUCGGUGUUGACUCGAAUGAUGCUAAUCUUCAUCGGAAGUGUAAACAGAAAUCUAGCUAAUUGAUGCACACAGGAGUUAAUUUUGAUUCCUAUGAAGCACUCCAACUUCCGAGCCAAGCCAAUGCAAGCAAGCAUCAGAACGAGUCAACAUUGCAGCUCUCUCCAAUGAUGUUGAAAGGAAAAGCCAGAAAAGCUACCGCCAGCUCGUGUGGGUGUCUCUCUGGCUGGGUUGGAUGUUUGCUUGGCAGUCUACUUCGUUCGUGUGCUUCCUGUUUGUCGGGUGCUGAUGACAACGGUGGCUGAAGAAGCCGGAUGCAGAAGGCACUUCAAUUAGUAUCUAUUUUUACGCGGUGAUAGUUCCGUCAUGAAGGCUCCCGAUGAUGAUGUUUGGGUUAGAUCUUAAUUGAGUGGAAAUAUUUGGCU